UUAUAAUAAUAUAGCAUGUUUUUCAUAUAACUUUAUUAUUAUGACGUUGAAUGUUUUAUAGUUGGACUACGGAUCUCUGUGUAAAUUUAUAUUUUUGAGAAUAUAAUUUAAAAAAUAGAACCUAAGUCGAAGGUUGUCUUACUUACCAAAUAUUAUAAAAAGCACUAUAUUACUUAUAUUAUUUCAUAUUAUAUGCAUUCUGUUACGCAUAACAGAAUGUUACUGUUACUGGUAACUUUGCACUUUUAAAUUUCCUAUAAAUGCAUAAAAAUUCGUAUUCUAUUGAUAAUGAAUCAUUAACAUUCGAACUGCAUUAUCGUUAAACUAAAAGUAAUAGCGACGCUAUAAGUAAAAAUGGCGAUCAAGAAAAAUCAAGUUAUCUAUUAUAUAAAAAGCACUCUCUAUGUAUAUAUAUAAUUUCUCCGUAUUCAUAUACGUAAUACACACAUGCGCGUAGGUCAGUGUAGUUAAAAUGAAAAGCGCGAGACUGUAAUUUUAAACUUUCAAUUCGAUAGAAGGGUUAACUCGUUACGUUUACGGUCUCCCCCCGCAUCCUCGUAACUGCGUGCACAAUGGCCGUGAGCGACGAUAAUGUUUGUCCAGUGAGCGGCACGGGGAACGUAGAGAACCGGUCAGUUACCUGAGAAACACUGUAGCUGGUAGCAGGACGAUCGUUAACCUCAGAAUUCUUCUGUGACACGGUAUAUCUGGUAGGUCUACAGCAACGGUAGCACGUGGGGAUAUAAAGGUGGCGGGAAACAGCGCAUCGAGGAUGAGCAACACUUAAAAAGUUUCGAGUUUCGCGGCUUUUCCGGCACUCGAUUAUCAAAAUGUGUGAACAAGUCGAAUACGAUGCAGUGUCUGCUGUUGAUUCUGUGUAUCAUUCACAUGGUCGUGACUUUGGAAACCACCGACGAAGAACGAGGUAAGAACUUCAAGUUUAAGCGAUUGUCAUUUUCAAUUAUUUUCUGCAUUUGAUUCACGAUAGACAGAUCAGCCCUUCUAAAUUUGUCUAAAAUUUAUUAAAUAUCUGAAAGAUUCGUAAAAUGUAAUAGAAAUAUGUUUACGUGGAGUUGGUGGAGUUAAAAUAACGUAUUUAUUAUUCAUAUGAAACGCCGUAAGUUUAUGGUGAUUGGAUUUGGCAAAAUUAAAGAGAUCGCAGAAUAGAUAAUCGGUAUAGUUUUCUGAUAUGAACUAAUUAAAUUGUUUAAAUUCAUAUUUGUAUAUUGUACUUGUAAUUCUGAAGAAUCAAGCAAAAGAAGACUAACAAUAAGUAAAGAAAUUGAAGUUAGCAAACGCACAACAUGAAUACAUUUUAUUCGUCCUCCACCUUCUCUAUUUUUUACAAUUUUGACUCAAAGAAAUGUAAUGAGGAUAAAUUGUAACAAGGCCGUAGUACAAUAACUUAAGUGCAUAAAAUGGAUUAAUUUAAACACUAAUUUGCUUAUUCAAAUCACGAUAGUCACCGUUUGGAAACUUAUUCAUAUUGUAAAGUUAUUCAUUUAGAUAUGAUUACAAUAUGUAAUUAUAACGGGCAUAUGCAAAGAAGUUCAUACUCGGUCACUACACGAAUUACCAUCGAAGAAAUGUUUACUAUAAAGGCGACGGCAAGCUCGUAAAAGUAGCACCAAAGCGUGGUGAAUCGGGACACAGUCUACAUGGUAACCAGUCAAAGCUGCGACUGUUGGAUUAACGGUGAAAUUGUCUCGUCGAAACGAUCACGCGUAUUAUCACUUGUGUAGUUAGCAUGAACGUGUUGUUAAUAUAUGUCACAAUGAUCGUACUCCAGUAAGAUCGAUCGAUCUAUUUUCUGGGGAUAAAACUUAUGGCUUUGAAUCGCUGACCACGGUUGAAAAUCGAUUGUCCCAUUUCUCUGGACCGGUUUGACGAUUGUCAAGCAGACCAAAACGAGUUUCCAUUAAUCUUCCAUUUCGCCUGUAUUACACGCAUGCGUAGAAAAUAAUUAAACGAAUUCCAUCUCGGCUACCUAGCGCCCCCAUAUUACUCCUUUUUUUCUAGGAAAGUCCGUUUCCAUGGUGAAACUGGCUCUCUUCCUUGUGACAUGUAAAUCUAUGUUAAGGAUUCAAAGAUAUUUGUAAUCUAUGGCGAUCUUGCGUUACCUAAGGAUCGUGAGUGUUGUAGAAUGUAACGGGAAGAUCUUGUCUAAAAUGAUUCUACUUUCUUUGUACUAUAUUAGUAUGGAAUGGAUAUUAACAAGAAACAUGAAUUGUUAGCGUAUAUCAUGGUUAAUUACUCCGGAGUACCGUAACAAGAUUCUACAGGAUCUUCCGCAACAGGGCGAAGCCAUAGUUCUAAAACACAAUCAAAAUACAAUUCUAUGAGCUAAUUUGUUGGCUAGAUACUGUCUACAGUAUCAUAUGUAUAUGUUGUGAUGAGAACUCAUCAACUGACGAUUACCAUUCAACCAUCUAUUAAGUCCGCUGGUCGAUGUAAUGAUAAAAAAGAAAACCUAAUUUUGCUGAUGAAAUUUUUGUCAAUCCUUUACAGUUUUAAAGCUGUGGUUCCAGUUCAGUUAUAAGAAAGCUCCUACAUAUUUAUCAUGGUGAAAAAAUCUAAGAAACGAUUGUGAACGAUUGAAACAAAUAGCAAUUAAAUUAUCUUGGGCAAAUCUAAACAACGGGAUAAUUAUCCCGGUGACAACGUAAGCGCCGCAUUAAAGUAAAAACAAACAGAAACUUGUUCCCGUUCACGGCGCCUGUUCUUUAAUUGCGGAAGUAUAAUGGGAAACAUGCCGUAACACCAAAUAUGGUAACGCCAUGUAUCGGUCCUACAUAAUAAUUAUGAUUUCGAUGCCAGGACAUGAAUCGACACGUGGAUGCCAAGGGUGAAAGCUUUUCCUGUCUGUAAUGAUGAAAUGAAAAUCCCUUUGCGCUACUCAUUGUUCCUCAAUCUUAAAAAAUAUUUCUUUUUUUUCAGUAGAAAAUAUUUGAAAAUAUCGAAUAUUUGAAGAUUCCAUCAGAAUGAAAUUUUAUGUUUAAUCAGAGAAGAAAAUGAAAUGGAAAGGAAAAACUGAUGAAAUUUUUCUUAACGAUUUAUAUUAUAGAAAUGAAUUAUUACGACUUCUAUCGUACUUGUAACAAGGUUUUGAGAAAAUAAUUUAUGAAAUUUUUCAUAAAGGUUUGCUAAUUUGUAACGAGAUUUUGAGAAAGAAAAAUUUACAAUAUUUUUCAUAAAGAUCUGCGAAUUAUUACAACUUCGAUCGAGCUUGUAAGGAGGUUUUGAGAUCUUGAACAACUUAUACGAUACGCCGCUUUAAACGAUGGUACAUAACUGUUUGAUCAAGGUUGAAGUGUGAGUGUGUGUGGAACGAAGAUGCAUACAUUCACAAUUCUUCUCACUCAAAAUGAAAUGAAAGCAGAAUCCCCCUAGGCUUUUCCUUUUUUCUACCUAAAUAUAUGUGACACAUAAUGAAGCUAGCAGCUCGAACAAACUGGCUUUCUAAUAAACAUAUUAUGUUAUCACCGGUAACGUAUCACGGGUAACAUCAAUGAUCGUCAUUGACGUACGGGUACAAUAAUAUGUCCGUACCUUCGCGUUUAUCUUCCACUAUAUUGUACGUUUAAAUUGUUUUAUAGGGACGAUACAUUAUCUUUUACUUUCAACUUUAUAUAACCACGCACAUACAUACGUGUUCAACUUUCUGUAGGUAUUAUUUGGCAUCAUUUAUAGUGUUUAAUUCAUAAUUUUGCCUCCAUGGUAGGAUUAUUGUUAUUAUAGGUUUAGAAUAUCGCAAGCUAUAUGUAAUAAUAUAAUUCCAAUCUUUGUAAUUUUAAUCACAGUUCUGCCACCGAUAUUUUAGUAUAGUAUAGUAAAUUUAUGUCAUAUUUGUGGAAAUUAAUAUUACUAUUGUUUGCAACAUAAAAAAGAUAGUGAGAAAAGAAUUAUCUAAGUAUAAUCAUUAAAAUAAUUCCUAACUUUUUAUUUAUUUAGUUUUAUAAAAUAUUGGGUUGUAAUAUAAAUUCAUCUUGUUUUUAUGCAAUAUAUGUAAUGCAUAUAUUACACAUACGCGUAUAGAAAAAGGAUAAAUUUAUGUUACAACUUAUUUUCAUUAUAAUUUCAUGUUAUUUUCAUUAAAUUAAAUUGCAGUAAAAGAACUAGUACGAGACUGGGCGCCUCUAGUAUGGCUUGCACCUGGCGAACUAUUUUUACCCCUUGGGGUACCUGAAUUCUUGGAUAACAUGCAAUCCGACGAUAAUUAUCUUCGCACUAGAGUCGACGUAGAAGUACUGUUGAGGAAUCGAUCGUCGUUUCUAUACGGCCGAAAACCAGGGGGCACAGUACCGGUUUACGCUGUGAUCAAGAACUGCAUUGUACCAGACGUUUCUACGGACGUGAUAAGCUUAAAGACCGUCAGAGACGAAAGAAUGUCACGAAGGAAGGGGGACGAGACGUUGAUAGCAUCGAGGAACGUGCAAAUCGAUGAUUUCGGCUCGUCCAUGAUCCUCACUAACGAUCUUCCAGGAAAGAUUUGGAAGGGCGAUGGGAAACAGAGUUUAGAGAAACAUGGUGAUUUUGAAAAAAAGAAGAAAAAAGGAAACAAGUCCCGGAAGCUGCACUUUCACGUGACCUAUUGGAUGUUCUAUCCGUUCAGCGAGGGAAAGGCAGUCUGCGUUCUGGAUCUUGGAUUUUUUGGUAGCUGGCCGAUACCCACGGUGGGUGGGAUAUGCCUUGGAAUACUCAAGGAAUAUGGCAACCACGUGGGCGAUUGGGAACACAUGAGUCUUUAUUUUAAGGAUACGAAUUAUCCAUCAGCCAUGUACGUGUCUGCCCACGAUGCAGGCGCGUUUUACCGAUACGAUUUACGAAGUGGAACCUUCAUUUAUGAAAGCCAAGAAACGCGAAAAGGCAUCUUUCAAAAACCUAUAUUUCCCGAAAGAGUUUUCACUGCUGGUGGCUCUCAUCCGAUAUUAUUUAGCGCGAGAGGAUCUCAUGGACUUUGGACGGCGCCAGGGAAGCAUAAAUUUGUCAGAUUACCUCGCCUCUACGAUGAGAGUGGUUUUGGUACCGCUUGGCCCACAUGGAAGAAGAUGGAAUUGCUUCUGAAAGAGAACAACAACAUCUUACCCAGUUGGAUCACUUUUAGAGGCAAGUGGGGCAAUCCUAGAAGUAAUUGCCAUCCUUUGGCUAGACUUGGUUUCAACAUUUGCGAAUUUGUUGACGGACCAACUGGUAUUCCCAUGAAACAGUCAAACUUCCGAUGCUAGCGAUAAUUAGAAUUCUUUAACAUAUUCGCUGCUGUUGUAAAAAAUAAUAUUGAGAGAAAGUGCGACGAUAAAUAUUAAAAGUAAUGAAAUAUUGCAUGCCACAUAUAGUAGGGAAUGUUUUAAGUAAUCUCGUUUCUGAACGUAAAAAGGAUUGGAUUUUAAAAAUUAUAGUUUCCUCAAAAUCAGUUGAUUACUGAAAUUUAAUAUA